AUGUCGUCUGUACCAGACGCCAACAAAGACAUGGCUUCAACCAAUCAGAUUGAGAGCAGUUCGCUGAAUGGCAGUGGUGGCGACAAGAUUACUGCGGCCACUGCUGAGCAUGGCCACGAGCAUGUUGCCAUCCAUAACGAUACCUACGAUAUCGCAGAGUCCGCUCUCGGGCAGAACCUGCCUAAGAACUACUACCGUUCGGUUGGGUUCAUCGGCACAGUCGUUGGGCUCUGCUUUGGCAAUAUCUCUAACUAUACGGGAUGGGUGCUUCCCAGCAACUCGCUACUGAUCAUCAAUGCGGACAUCGGGCCUUCGCCAAACAUCACCUGGGUGGCCCUCUCGUACACGCUUGGAUUGACCAUUGGCUUCCUGAUCAUCGGUCGACUUUCCGACAUAUUCGGGAGACGGUGGUUCUUUAUCAUUGGGAACGGCAUUGGCUGCAUCGGUGCAAUCAUCGGUGCAACCACGAACGAAGUCGAUACGCUGAUCGGCGCCAACCUGCUAAAUGGCCUUGCUGGAGCGGUGCAAAUAACAUUCACCACUGCCAUAUCGGAGCUGGUGCCCAACAAACACAGGCCAAUCUGGCUCGGUGCCAUCUUCUCCUCAAGCUUCCAGUUUGCGUGCUUUGGUCCUGUCAUCGCACAGGCAUUCGUCACCGGCACGAGUGCUGGCUGGAGAUGCUCGUAUUACAUCAAUAUCGCCAUGGCCGGCGCAGCGACUCUGUGCAUGUUCUUCUUUUACCACCCUCCCACGUUCCACCAGUUACACGUCGGUCGCAGUAAGAUGCAGCAGGUGAAGCGACAGGAUGCUGUUGGAUUGGUCCUCUUCACUGGCGGUCUGGUCAUCUUUUUGAUGGGUCUGAAUUGGGGAGGCUCGCUGUACCCAUGGAGCUCGGCACAUGUGAUCGGUACUAUCGUGGUGGGCUUCGUUGCGCUCGUCGCUUUUGUCAUCUAUGAUGCGAAGCUGCACAAGGGUGACCCGCUGCUGCCAAUGCACCUGUUCAAGAGUCCUGGGUAUUUGGCUAUGGUUGUCACCGCGACUGUUGGCAGUAUCGUGUACUACGGUAUGAACGUGCUUUGGCCUCAGCAAAUCGCUUUCCUUUUUGGAGGGUCCGCCAUUCACAAAGGCUGGCUUGCUUGUGUCGUUGGUGGCGGCGCCUUGCUUGGCCAGAUUAUCGCUGCAGUGCUCUGUCAGUAUAUCAAACGCUCGCGCUUCAUCCUGAUUGGGUGCGCUGCGAGUCUUUUGGCCUUCUGUGCUGCUAUGAUCGAUGUCGAGGUCGGUGACGAGGCGAAGGGCGUUGCAUUCAUGCUUCUCGCGACCACCUCCGUUGGCGCUCUCGAGCUCUGCUCACUCGCUAUCGCGCCCUUGGCGCUCCCAACCGAAGACAUCGGCGUGGCACUCGGUGCGUUAGGCUCGAUCCGAUCUGGCGGUGCGUCUGUUGGCUUAGCAAUCUGUGUUGCUAUCCUCAACAAUAAGCUUACUGCUUUUGUCCCACCUCGAGUCACCGAAGCUGUGACAGCUUUGGGUCUGCCACUGUCCAGCGUCCCUGCAUUGUUGACGGGUCUGACGACGGGUGUGGGUUUGGAUGACGUGCCUGGUAUCUCGCCGGAGAUCCUGGCUGCUGCGGCCGCGGCACAGAGCAAUGCAGCGAGUGAUGCUUUCCACUACGUGUGGUAUGCUGUCGUUGCGUUCGCAGUCCUUGCGCUCGGCUGUGCUUGUUUCACGAUCAACUAUGGUCAGUUCUUGACGAAUGAUGUGAGCCGGAAGAUGCACGGCAAGACUGUCGGCGUGGUUGAGGAGGAGGAGGAGAGGCAGGAGAAGUCGGUCGUGUAG